GUAUUGAAGUCCAAAACCCACCAAUAUCAAAUUCGUGUUUCAAUCCUCUUUCUCUCUCUACCUCGAUGGUUUCGCUUCAAGCUCUCCCUUUAAAUAUUCGCUUUUCAUCCCUAUCCAUUUUCUUCUUCCCUUUUUCUUCGCUUUUUCCAUGGCUUCCCUUUUUUCUCUCCGAACUUCCAGUUUCCAUAAUCAAGAAAUUGUCCGAUCAUGGAACGUAGAAAAAUCUGGGUGUAAGAAACUAUGUGCAUCAAAUAUAUAUGUGAAAGACCACGGUUUUGGCUGUCUAAAAUACAUCAUUCUGCAAGGAUAUCUUUCUGCAUCAUUGUCCCAGAAGAUUUCAAGGAAAUGCAUCCCUUCAGAAGCUCUAGGAUCAGUGGCAUCUGCAGGCAACCCUGAUCAAAACAUUAUUGAAAUGGAUCCUUCCUUAGCUAGUUGUAACAGGAAUGAGCUGGAAUUCAGUCGAGUCAAUUGUCUUGUGUGGGUACUGCAUGAAUCUGCGAGAAGCUUUUCAGUUUCAGCGCAGACCCUUGAAUUGGCUAAAAAUGGGCCUGAGCUUGCAAUGGCAUGGGUUGGGGUGGAUGUGCAUGCGUGGCAUAAAAGCAUCGCGUAUCAGGUAGCAAUUUAUGCUUUGCUCAAAGCAGCAAUAGAAGUGGAAGUAUUUCUUUCUCGCAAACGCAGCAACAAUGCUUCUUCUGUUAAUGAAAUCCUAUCCCCAAUCACCGACUUACUAGGGGAACGCAUUGAAAGUCAGUUGAAUGUGAGGAAUCCAAAGUUGGUGCAGUGGUUUAGAACACUGGAGCUGCCACGGAUAGCGGGAAUGUUCAUUCCCCUAUUCAAGAAAUGGUCUGUGGAUUACGCAGGAAGUGGUGUUGCAGGAAAUAUCUUGGCCAUAAGUUGUUGCACUGCAGUGAGGAAGUUAGGUUCGGGGCGCGUUUCUUGUCCUUUGUUUUCUGCUUCGAUUGAAGAUGCACUAGUAGAGCUCAUGAACUUGUCACAUAGACUUGUUUCGGUUGAUAAGUUGCACUAUUUAGCAACUGAGGCUGGAUUUGAAGAAGACUUCUUGUUUCAUUUUGGUAGAAAGGUUCUACCAAGUAACAGUAUUGAAGAUGUAGAAUUUUGGAUAGGAUUGGUUCAAAGAAAACUCAGUAAUGCAUUCCACAGAGAAAAUGUGAUUACAGACAAGCAUACUUUUCACGAGAAGGUUCAGGAAAAUAGUUUAGCUACCCUGGGGCUUUUUGCAUAUUUGGGAAGAGAGACAAGAUUGUUCCUCUCAGAAAUGGGUGUAAAGGAUCUUGAUGAGCAAACUAAAGAUUUUCUGAGUUACUUAGAAUGCGGUAGCCUUCUUAUGCAUCCAGAAUUCUCCACUCUGUCUGAGUAUCAGCUCUUCAUGGAGGUAGUAGCGAAUGAAAUUGGAUGGCUCGACUUUUAUGCUGCAUCUGCCACCAAGUUUUGUGACAAAAGAAGAUCCAAACAACAUCCAAUUCAAGCAGAGAAAGAAAUAAUCUUGUACACUGUUUUAACUGUAUGCUAUGAUAUUAUAGCUGGAUUUGCUCACUAUAGCAACUCUGCGCAGCAGCCAUUAGAUGCAGAUUUACUGGACUUCUUGCUUCAGAGUCAGAGUCUGCUUUCUGGAUGCCUGGAGGACUACUGGGCAGCUUAUGAUAGAACAGGAGAACUGCAAAAAAUUGCUGAAAGAAUUGCAUCUGAUCCAGCAGCAUCUUUGAUUAUUAAAGGUGGCAUGAGUUCAUCCAUCAUAUUGGAAGCGAAGGAGAAGCCAAUUGAGUUGAUAAAAACGGAAAAUCAUCAAUUUGGAUCUAGAUUGAAUCAGAUACAGGCCACCAGCUCCGGUGUGGACCCUUUGACGUUGGUGGAGUCAGAUUGCUCUACUGCACCAAAAACACGUCAAAAUUUUCUAACAAAAUCUACGACCAAGCUGAUAUCUGCAAGUACGGAUAUCUGGAUGGGUACUGAAUUGCUCUUUACGGACAUAUCGGAUGCUUUGGGCCUACUUAUAAAGCAGUUGAAAGGCCGCCGACUAACAAAAAGGGAGGGAAAGAAAAUGAAGAGAACGCUGGGUGAUAUUGCCAACCUUGUGCCCAUAACCAUCUUAAUGCUACUUCCUGUUUCUGCCGUGGGUCAUGCAGCCAUGCUAGCCGCGAUCAAGAAAUAUGUCCCGAGCUUGAUUCCUUCUCCUUAUUCUUCCGAAAGGCUUGAUCUAAUUAAACAAUUAAAGAGAACAAAGAAGAAGGAAAUCCAAGCUCGGAGCAGCAGUGACGACCCUUCUUUUAAAGCUGUAAAGUGAAUGAAAGCUGUUGGAAACAACUUUAGUAUCAUGGUUCUGGUUCGGCUCAACUUUCUGUAAAGUGGCAAGUAGAGUUGCAUAUACCUCAUUGUAGCCGGUGCAAGAAACUGGCUAUUAGGGAAACAGAAAGAAUACUUCGUUCAAAAGCACCUUUACACACAAAUCCUGCUAAAUUUAGUUCUAGAGAAAGCAACUUUGAUCAAGUGUAUUUGGUUAGGCAUUAUCUGACAAUUGUUCAUAUUGGCCAUGCUUUAAAAUGAAGCUUUCUAAGUUUCAAGGAUUCAUUUGUGUCCACAAUA